CUUGCUGACUCCUCCCCCCUGCAGGUGGCGCUGGCGCAGCGCGAGCAGGUGGCGCUGUAUGUGGACCUGGACCACGUGGCCGAGGACGAGCCCGAGCUGGCCGAGGCCGCUUGCGAGAACUCGCGGCGCUACGCCCGCCUCUUUGCCGAUGCCGUCCACGAGUUGCUGCCUGACUACAAGGAGCGCGAGCUGACGCAUAAAGAUGUGUUGGACGUCUAUCUCGAGCACCGGCUGAUGCUGGAGCAGCGUGGCCGUGACGCCGGUGAGACCCAUGGCCCCCAGAACCACUACCCGCCCGAGCUGCUGCGACGUUUUGAGCUGUACUUCAAGGCCCCGUCGAGCGCAAAGCCACGCGUGAUCCGGGACGUGAAGGCCGACAGCAUCGGGAAGCUGGUGACCGUGCGUGGCAUCGUCACCCGUGUAGCCGAGGUCAAGCCCAUGAUGGUUGUGGCCACGUACAGCUGUGACCAGUGUGGGGCCGAGACCUACCAGCCCAUCCAGGCUCCAACCUUCAUGCCGCUGAUCAUGUGCCCCAGCCGUGAGUGCCAGACGAACCGCUCGGGCGGGCGUCUGUACCUGCAGAGCCGUGGCUCUAAGUUCAUCAAGUACCAGGAGCUCAAGAUGCAGGAGCAUAGUGACCAGGUGCCAGUGGGGCACCUCCCGCGCUCCAUCAGCGUGGCUGUGCAGGGUGAGAACACGCGGCUGGUGCAGCCUGGCGACCACAUCAGUGUCACCGGCAUCUUCCUGCCCCUGCUGCGGUCUGGCUUCCGGCAGAUUGCCCAGGGGCUGCUGUCAGAGACGUACCUGGAGGCGCACCACAUUGCCAAGAUGAACAAGAGCGAGGAGGACGAGGUGGCGCCCGCAGAGCUGAGUGAGGAUGAGCUGAGGCAGAUCACUGAGGAGGAUUUCUAUGAGAAGCUGGCAGCCUCUAUCGCCCCCGAGAUCUAUGGUCAUGAGGAUGUGAAGAAGGCCCUGUUGCUGCUGCUGGUGGGGGGCGUGGAGCGCAGCCCCCGUGGCAUGAAGAUCCGCGGGAACAUCAAUAUCUGCCUGAUGGGUGACCCUGGUGUGGCUAAGUCCCAGCUGCUGUCUUAUAUUGACCGCCUGGCACCACGCAGCCAGUACACGACGGGACGUGGGUCAUCGGGCGUGGGGCUGACGGCGGCAGUGCUGCGGGACCCGGUGUCAGGGGAGCUGGCGUUGGAGGGGGGCGCACUGGUGCUGGCUGACCGUGGCGUGUGCUGCAUCGACGAGUUUGACAAGAUGCUGGAGAGCGACCGCACGGCACUGCAUGAGGCCAUGGAGCAGCAGAGCAUCUCGGUGGCCAAGGCAGGUGUCCAGGCCACGCUCAAUGCCCGCUGUGCCGUGCUGGCCGCUGCCAACCCGGCCUAUGGGCGCUAUGACACGCGCCGCAGCCUGCAGCACAAUUUGGCGCUGCCGCCCGCUCUGCUUUCCCGCUUCGACCUGCUCUGGCUGCUGCAGGACCGACCCCACCGUGACAAUGACCUUCGCCUGGCCCAGCACAUCACUUACGUGCACCAGCAUAGCCGGCAGCCACCUUGCACCUACCAGCCGCUCGACAUGAAGCUGAUGAGGCGCUACAUCAGCAUGUGCAAGCGGCGGCAGCCGGCUGUGCCCGAGGCACUGGCUGACUACAUCACAGCUGCCUACGUGGAGAUGCGGAAAGAGGCUUGGGCCAGCCCAGACGCCACCUUCACCUCGGCCCGCACCCUGCUGGCCAUCCUGCGUCUUGCCACCGCCCUGGCCCGGCUGCGGCUGGUGGACGUGGUGGAGAAGGAGGACGUGAACGAGGCCAUGCGGCUUAUGGAGAUGUCCAAGGACUCGCUGUUGGGCGACCGUGGGCAGCAAGCCAAGCCGCAGCGGGCAGCAGAUGCCAUCUUUGCAACAGUGCGGGAACUGGCGGGUGCAGGCCGGACUGUGCGCUACGCAGAGGCCGAGACGCGCUGUGUGUCCCGCGGCUUCACCCCUGCUCAGUUCCAGGCUGCACUGGACGAGUACGAGGAGCUCAAUGUGUGGCAGGUGAACGCUGCCCGCACUCGCAUCACCUUCAUCUGAGCCCCACCCGAGGACAGCAGCCCCGCAGCUCUGCCUGGGGGCUCCCUGUUAUUUUACUGCAUUUUUCCUGAGUCGCUUUCUAAUAAACCUGUUUUUGCUGUAACCGCUGCCUGUUGGGGACACGACACCUGUGUCUGGGGGCAGGAACCUACCCCUCCAUGCAGCAGCUCCCAGGGAUCAAGAUCCCUUCUCUGCCCCCCCAGCAAUGAGCAG